AACUCUAGAAGAAACUCAGAAAACGAGCAAGUGUUGAGGUACCAAAAGUCGAGGUACCACAUAUGCACGAAGAUGGGCUUGAAAACGUGCUUGUUAUUUGCAUUUAUCGUGGUAGGCGUGUUAAUGCAUGUUGAUGCAAAAGAGGAGAAGACGGAGACAUUCGUCCAGCCAUUAUUUUGCUCCUUGCGCGCCGAGGCUGGUCUCUGUAAAGGACAUUUUCGCAAAUAUGCGUGGGAUGCAGUUUCAGGAAAAUGCGUCGAAUUUUUAUACGGUGGCUGUUUCGGAAACGCAAACAAUUUCCAGACCAAGGAAGAAUGCGAGCAGAUGUGUUCAUCGGCAACACACAAAACUGACUAAACGAAA